AUGACUUAUGCAUUCUUUUUCGGAUUUUUUUCUGGCGAGUAUGUUGAUUUAACGCCAAUUAUUGCUAGUGAUUUAGUUGGUAUAGGUAGAGUAUCCAAUGCUCUCGGUAUAGUUUAUUUAUUUCAAGAUGUUGCCACCGCUAUUGGUACACCCAUUGUUGGUAAGAAGAGAAAAAAAAAAUUUUCUUGCGACGAUGUUGUCUUACAUCUUGGUAUUAUUUUAUUUGCUAUUCCAAUAUUAAAACAACGACAAGAACAUCAUCAAGGACUAACAAAACAUCAACGAGAUAUGGUUGUUGUAUCAUAUUCAAAACAAAUUUCAACAGCUGACGAAUAA